UCUCCACGUGGUGUGGAUUGUAGCGCUGGGGUCAGUGACCGGCAGGUAGGCGCUGCUGAGAAGAUGGCGAAGAGAGCCAAUCGUCUUGAUUUAGAGAAUACCGAGGCCACGCCUCCGAAGUGUCCCCGGAAUCUUGCAGGGGCCCCAGAACCGCCUUUUAACUUCUCAACCCCGGAGAGCCUUUUUGAAAGCUUAAUCUCGCCGAUAAAAACCGAUGAAUUCUUCAACGAAUACUGGGAGAAGAAACCUCUGCUGAUCCAGCGAGAUGACCCUGUGACCGCCGCCUUUUACCAGUCCCUGUUCACUCUGUCACAGUUAAAGCGCGUCGCCGGCAAAGGCUUGUCCUACGGAAGGGACGUAAACAUUUGCAAAUGCCGGAAUGGGAAGAAAAUCGCCGUGGCCAGACACGGAAAAGCAAGUUACCUUCAUCUUAUGAAAGACUUUGGCAGCGGAAAAGCAACUAUACAGUUCCACCAGCCUCAGAGAUUUAAUGACACUUUGUGGCGCAUUAUGGAGAAGCUGGAAUGUUUCUUUGGCACGCUGGUCGGCAGCAAUGUAUAUAUUACGCCUCCAGACUCGCAGGGCCUUCCUGCCCACUAUGACGACGUCGAGGUUUUUAUUCUUCAGCUGGAGGGAGAGAAACACUGGAGGUUGUACGGCCCCACUGUGGCCCUGGCUAGAGAGUACGCUGUGGAGACAGAAGACAGAAUUGGGGAGCCGACUCACAGCUUCGUUUUAAAGCCAGGGGAUUUGCUAUAUUUCCCCAGAGGAGUCAUUCAUCAUGCUCACACCCUUGCUGGGUCAUCACAUUCCACUCAUGUGACCAUCAGCACCUACCAGAACAACUCGUGGGCCGACUACUUGCAAGAUGUGCUCCCUGGCAUUCUGUUUGAUGCAGCGAAGGAUGAUAUUGAACUGAGGCGCGGCAUCCCACGGCGUCAGUUAAUGCAAGUUAAUUCAUCCCAUGCUAUAGAUCACCUGCGUGUGGUUCUCUCCAGCUUGGUCAGUAGACUGGGAACCCACGAGGAGAUACGGUCAUGUGGCAUGAUCCAGGACUUCAUGGGCAGCAGAUUGCCUCCGUUCCCAGAAGCCGGAUCCCAGAUUCUGGCAGACGAAGACAAUACGGUUGCAGGAAAUGCAGUGGCUGCUCCACCAAAGCUUGACAGUUUAAUCAAACUUCGGUACCCGGAUCACACGGCCAUCAGUGUAGAUAAUGUUCCCAAAACUUCGGACACGGCCUCGGAAUUAAUGGUCUAUGUAUACCAUUCACUUAAGAACGAGCGGGGAACACACAUGAUGGAAAUUCAAGAGGAUUCUCGUCCUGUCAGCGGCCUGCGGUUCCCUCUGUCGUAUACGACCGCCUUACGAGAAAUCUGGGCAGCCGGUCACAUGCGCGUUAAAGACUUAUCCCUGGUCAGUGACCACGACAAAGAAAAUCUGGCGGUGUCUCUUUGGGCUGAAGGUCUUGUCGCAGUUAUCCCGGCAGAGGAACCGUCCACGGAUUGAGUCACGGAAACCACCUCCUUAGUCUUGGCUGCUAUCCCUGAUUGGGGUGGGGAAAAAAAAACACUUCGGCUCCAUCAAGCAAAAAAUGUUUUUCUGAAAUAAGUGCCUUAACUUUUUAUCAUUAUAGUAAAUAUGUAACUAUAUUUAUAAAAUUGUGAUUACAUGACUGAAACAUCGCCUUUUUGGUAAAAUACACAAAAUGUGCCUUUUUUAUUAGUGUUUAAAGUGAAUUAACUGUCAGUUCUCAAAUCUGGUGUUUUGUAAUUGGGGAUACGCAGCAGCCAUGUUUUAAAUAUUGAAUUUACAAGCAUUAUGAAUACUGUGUAUCAGUAAUGGCAGCCAUCCAGGAUUCUUUUAAAUGAUUAUUCCUCCCCA